AUGGGAGUCAAUUUGCGCGAUAUGAAACCGCCGUCUCACUCCCUCACCGGAUUCAACGGAGCUUCCGAGACGAUGAUCGGAAUGAUCAAGCUCCCAGUCUACGCUUGUGGAGUAACACGCACAGUCAAGUUUUCUGUUAUCCAAACAAAGGCUCCAUAUAACGCAAUCCUCGGGACCCCCUGGUUACAUUCGAUGAAGGCAAUAUCAUCGAUGGAUCAUCAGUGCGUGAAGUUCCCAGGACCGAACGGUCAAGUGCAGACACUUCGCGGGGACCAGGAGGCGGCACGUGAUCUACUGAUUGCAACGGUGAAGAUGCAACAAUCGACUCCUCGAAUCAACGCAAUAGCAAAGCAAAUCCAACCUCAAAAAGAUGAGAUUCUAGAAGUCGCGAUCGACGACUCAGACCAAAGCAAAGUAGUCCGAGUCGGCGCUUUCCUCUCCGAAGAAAUGCAACGCGCGAUGAUCAACUUUCUGAAACGAACGCAUCAACAUCCAAGCAUCAAGCCUGUUCGCCAAAAGAGACAUAAGCUUGGCCCCGAACGAAGCAAGGCCGUCAACGAAGAAGUCGAGCGACUCCUCGCAGCCGGUUCAAUCGCCGAAGUAUGA